ACGCAUAGACACAUUAAGUGCGAAGAGGAAAGGCUGUGGUAAGGCAGGUCUACAGUCCCAGCACCGCCCAUCAGAGCCCUCCUGCCGCCGCUGUGCACCUGCCCUGUGCUCACACAGCACAAACCACUUCCCGCGAUCACGCACACACCCACAGCACCACACACACACACACACACGCACACACCCACAGCACCACAUACACAAGCGCGCGCACACGCACUCAGACACAGACACACACAUACACACACACCUUAAACCUGGCUGCUGUGAGUUUUGCCCUAGAGGUGCGCCGGAUUUAUCAGUCGCACGCUUCAAGACUAAAUAGGCUACUUCCUGUGCAGUGGAUGUAAUUCCUAUUAAGCAAGAGGUGUCAUGUCAAGUGCAUGGAAUUCAUUUGAAAGUGACUAAAUUCGUGUGCAGGUGACAGUUCAGCCGCAGUUUAAUUAAGUUUCCUUAUCGGUGGAUAUUUUACAUCUGGGGAAGUGUGCCGCGGAGUGUUAUACUAAACUGCAUCUACGUUUCCUGCCCUGCACUCGGAAACUCUUGACUCGUUCACUUUGCGCGCUAUUCCGGGGCUGUGGGCUGCAUGGAUCGCAUGAGCGCGGGGCGUUAGGGGUUUCGCGCUUGGCUCGAGUGAUGGCGGAGAUGGGCGCGCUGCUGCAGGGCGCGGAGGGCGCGGGAGCCGCUAGCUCGCUCCUCUUCCUGCCGCCGCUCGCAGACACUCUCGCGCUGCUCGGAGACCAGCGAUUUCCGGCCGAGCGGCUGUCCCGUAGCACCCCGGCCGAGCUGGUGCACUUAAAGGGCAUCCUGAGGAGGAGACAGCUUUACUGCAGAACCGGCUUCCACCUGGAAAUCCUGCCGGAUGGCACGGUGCAGGGCACCAGGAAAGACCACAGCCGCUUCGGUAUUUUGGAAUUCAUAAGCCUUGCAGUUGGAUUAAUCAGCAUCCGAGGAGUGGACAGUGGCCUCUACCUCGGAAUGAAUGACAAGGGGGAACUCUAUGGCUCUGAGAAACUGACAGCUGAGUGUGUCUUCCGGGAACAGUUUGAAGAGAACUGGUACAACACAUAUUCCUCCAACCUCUACAAACAUGGAGAGAAAGGGGCACGCUACUAUGUGGCACUCAACAAGGAUGGAACACCACGAGAUGGGACAAAAUCAAGGCGACAUCAGAAGUUCACACAUUUCCUCCCCAGGCCAGUAGACCCUGAUAAAGUACCUGAACUUUACAAAGAAGUUUUAGGACACAGCUGAGAGCAGCAGCUUGGUGUCUGAAGAGGAAUAGGCCUGUUAAGCCCUGUUCUAAUCAUAAAGGAGCAGGGGAAAUGGAUGGGUGUCUAGUAGCCCGGGUACAUCCACCAGUGCCACAAAGAUGACAUGGGUUCUUGCUUCAGGAAGCAUAGACCAGAAAUGAUGGUGAAGUGCUCAGUCCUGGUCAUUUUCCUAAGUGCUGCGAGCUACAGAAGGCGUCCCAGAGUCCAUGGGUCUAACAGAACCUAUUUAGCAUUAGACCUGCUGCUGAAGAGUAAGAAGAGAAAAUGUCCUGUCUGAUGCUGGGAAGGACAUUUAUAUGACAAGUUUUUUUUUAUUUUCAGGCUUGGUUUAUUAUUGACUGGCUUUGGAGAAAACUGAAGGAACACUACUUAUGUGAUGCGCUGAAAUGUCAAGAUUGAAAGCUGUGGAGAACAGAACACAUAAGCAGGAUAUUAUUUAUACAGUUCACACUACAUAUAUUUAUUUUAUGUAUUUAUUUAUUUGAUAAUAUAUAUUUUUACAUCUAAAUGUAGACUUAUCUAAUUAGAUACACUGUAGAAGGUGCCUUAAGCUAGCAUGGAAUCAGAUGUGUUCAUACAAUGGAAGUGCAAAAUAUUACUUUAUAUUGUCACUAUAAUAUAAUGAGUACACUUGUGCUUUUUCUUUUCAGACAUAUGUUAAAUGGUUGUUAUUUCUGUAAACAUUUCAAGAAGGUCCAAAAAACAAUUCUAUGUCAAUUCAACUAAUAAUAGCAAACCAAAAUUAAUAUUUAAAAUUAUAUUUAAAAUGCACCCACCUUGUCAUUUCCCCACAAUUUUAAAAGUUAAAGUUUUGAAAAGAGAAAUAUUCCCUUAAAACUUUGUUUGUUUUCCGUGGCCCUAGUUAUGCUGUGAACAAAAGGCUUGUCCAGCACUCAUCAACUUCAAAGCUCCUUUUAGAGACCUUCUCAUGUAACAACCUCGCAAUGACAAGAUCAGGGUGAAAUAAAAACUCAACCUUAGCUGCAGUCUAGUGGUUUGGCAGUCUUGCACAAAAGGGGUCAAACUGAUAAGUAUUAAGCCCUUUCCUCUGAAUAUUUCAGAACAAAAAAGCUUAAUAUAACGACUUAAGUACAUAUCUGUAAUAACUGCAAUAUUAAUCAUGGAAGGUAGUCAUUUGUUUGGUCAGUUUUUCAUUAUAUCUGUGACAUAUGGUUUUGUGUUAUUGUCUGAGAGUGAGAUUAAUUGUCUGUACCAGCAUUUGCAAUUAAAUCAACUGUCACUUGACAAUAUGAGAUUCAGAUACCUCGGGCUCACCUUCUUUUUCUGACUGUGUUUGAAUGGCUCAAUGAGCAAUUUCCACAACAAUGAGCAAAAAAGCAUAUCAAGCUACAGUUUCCGUAAUGCUUGGAUGAAUAUUUGUGUCGAAGCAUGAAAGCUGUGCUGUGUGAUCUCAGCAUCUCUGUGAUGGUGAGCCAGAGGCUGUCAUGACAGGGGAGUCGACAUGGUGCCAACCUUUAUGUGAUACUGUGGGAUUUUCCCCUCUAAAAAAACUUAUAACAAGGAGCAGUGUAUGGAGGUGAGAAAGAGACAGAGUAGAAACAAAGAGGGGUUCACACUAUAGGGCCCUAAAUGGGCAAACAUUUCUGACAUUAUAGUUCUACAGCUAUUUAGAAAGACUUUACUGUAGCUACUGUCAGGUUUUAUAACUAUUUUCGACAGCAUCUAGAAUUAUGAUCUACAGUCUAUACAUCCAUUUCCCUUUUCCACUAUGCAUGUUU